CUCCGCCUCCAGUCUACCACCGCCCUUUGGCCCGUACUCUCUGCCAUGUGUGCUCGGCACUUAACACGGUACGUCUGACCCGGCAAACUUUUCGUACAUUCGCAGGACGCUCAAAACCGGCCAAGUAGAUUUUGAGACAAGGUAAAUUUAAAUUUUUCCGGAGCUGGUAAAGUCAAUCCGAUUCGAUUUUGACAUUCCUCCUUCCCAUGGACGACAUCUGGAUGUCGACUUUUUUAUGGUGAAAAAGGGUUUUGAAUGAUUUUCAUCCAGUAAUAGAAGGGAUGUUGGGGAGAGGUGGAGGGUGUGGCGUGCCCCAUGUGGAUCUCCAUGAUGGCUGCUCAAGGUGACCUCCUCAACUCUAAUUCGCCGUUGCACCGGCAUGAGCCUCUCGCCAAUCAUCAGGGGGUCGAAACUGUCUCUGGGAGAUUCAGGAAGGAGCUCGGGGAGAACAAAAUCGGAGCGACGAUUAUCCACCUCGAGAACACUCUUCCGCAGGUCAGCAGAGACCCUGUCUCGGUCAGAUCAAGGUUUCACCGUGGGCUUCACCGACUACGGAAAUCGUUUAGCUGGAGGAAGCCGAAGAAGGAAGUCGUAAAGAAAGAACGGUGGGAAGAGGAGAAGAAAUCCUGCCUGCCGAAUUUGUGCCUCGGAUCAACCUGCCUUGCCGUCGACCCGUCCAAGCCGUUCCACUACAGGUGGUUGGUUUUGGUGACCAUAGCCAUCCUUUACAACCUUGUACUCGUUAUCGGCAGGGCAGUUUUCUGGGAGCUGAACAAUUUGACACCGAUUGUUUGGUUCUCUCUCGAUUACUCCUGUGAUUUUAUCUAUUUUUUAGACGUAAUUAUUCACGCUCACGAAGGUUAUUUGGAACAAGGAAUAAUGGUCAGAGACCUCGGUAAGCUAAGGCAAAACUAUAUAGAGACGAGGCGGUGGGUCACUGACUUGCUGAGUCUGCUGCCGACGGACCUGUUCUACAUAUGGUGGGCACCGAGCAAAUGCCACAAAAUGGUACCAUGCCCGGUGAUCGUGCGUGUCAACAGGCUGUUCCGUCUGCCGAGGAUGAUGGAGUUUUUCGACCGCACUGAGACCAGGACGGGCUAUCCAAACUCGUUCCGUAUAUGCAAGGUGGUAUUUGCAAUAAUCGUCCUGAUCCAUUGGAACGCCUGCUUCUAUUUCGCCAUCAGCUACGCCAUUGGGUUCGGCACCGACAACUGGGUCUACAACCUGACAGGAACAAAGAAUUCCUCCCUGUCCAGGCAAUACAUCUACAGUUUCUACUGGUCUACACUCACCCUCACCACCAUAGGAGAGACGCCCCAGCCGGAAAAUGACCUAGAGUACCUAUUCGUUGUGGCCGACUUCCUCGCCGGAGUCCUGAUUUUCGCCACGAUCGUCGGCAACAUCGGCAGUAUGAUCAGUAACAUGAACGUGGCCCGUGUCGAGUUCCAGAAUAAAAUGGACGGCGUUAAGCAGUACAUGGCCUUCCGCCGAGUGUCAAAGGAACUGGAAGCGAGGGUCAUCAGAUGGUUCGCCUACACAUGGGCGAACAAACAGGCUUUGGACGAAGACCGAGUCUUAGCAGCUUUGCCAGACAAACUGAAAGCUGAAAUUGCCAUCCAUGUCCAUCUGGAUACAUUGAGGCAAGUCAGGAUAUUCCAAGACUGCGAGCCGGGCCUACUGGAAGAACUAGUCCUCAAACUCAGGCUACAGGUUUUCAGUCCUGGUGAUUACAUCUGCCGAAAGGGCGAUGUGGGCAAGGAGAUGUACAUAGUGAAAAGAGGAAGGUUAAGCGUCGUGGCCGAUGAUGAGAAGACUGUCCUGGCAACGCUCGGUGCAGGAAGUGUUUUUGGCGAAGUCAGCGUGCUCGACAUUGCCGGAAACAAGACUGGAAAUAGAAGGACAGCCAAUGUUAGAAGUUUGGGCUAUUCGGAUCUGUUCUGCUUGGGUAAGCACGAUCUGUGGAAGGCUCUGGCGGAUUACCCAGAGGCCAGGCACAGCCUGAUGGAAAGGGGUUGUCAGAUCCUGCGAAAGGAUGGCCUAUUGGAUGAAGAUGCCUUCAAAAAGGCACAGGAGGAAAAUGAAACCCUUAAAGACAAAGUUGACAGAAUAGACCAGUUGGUGGGAGACUUGCAGACAAGGCUGGCCCGGCUGCAUGCCGAGUACCUCAGUCAACAAACUAAGCUCAAACAAAGACUCUCAAGAGUAGAGAAAAGAGAUGAUAAAAAUUUGAAUCAAGAAGUUCUGCAGGAGAACAGGCUUUCUAUUAAUAGAUUAGGCAGGAGGUCAUUCCAAGGUGCCAACAGGGGUUUUCACAUGAACAAUAUGAGGCAGCGUAAACCCAGCUCCGUAUAGGGGUUCAUUUCAAUUUAGUGUGACAAUUUGUGCUAUGUGAGACUGUCAUUCACCUGGGACACUGUGCCAUGUUGUAAAAAAAUGAAAAAGAUGUUUAAAAAAUAUGUGAUCUCAUAAAAACAACCUGUUUGGACAUUACAGGAAGAGCGGUACAAAAUGUUUUUUAAAUGCACUGUGAAAGGAAUAAUUCUGCCUCUGGGCUCAUUUUAUUUCAUAAACCAUUAAUAUGACAUGAUUUAUUUGCUAAAUUAUUUACCAGUUUAUUUUAAUGGACAAAUUUUUGUUUAAACUGUUAACUUUAAAACUUUUAACGAACUACUGAAUUCUCUCUGGUUCCUUAAUGCAGGGAUGUAAGAAUAUUAAUGUUAUAUUAUGAAAGAUAAUAGUGUAGAUAAAUUGUUGUUUUUAAUGUAUUUCUAUAACUAAAUUUUGUUAUAUUUUUAACUAGAGUGUGUGGCAUUUGUUUUCCCAUGGGGGGUGGAUCAGAAAUAUUGAAAAAGUAAAAUCAUUCUACACAUUAUAAUUAUUAAUUAUAUAAUUAUUAUAUUAAAAUACUUGAUUAAUAAUAAUUAUUAAUUAUUAUGGGGGGAAAUGGCACCAUCCCCUAUUUAUGUCGUAUUAAUAUUAGUUUUAAUAAGUUGAAUAGAAAAAAGAAAAAUUUUGAUAAUUUCAAAAUAAUCAAUCUACUUGUAUAAACGCACACCAAAGUUAAAUAUUUUUAUUAUAUACUGUAUUUCUUGAUUGCUAUGUAUUAAGAUGCAAAUAUAAUUUUUGUAAGUUCAGCUAGCAUUAGAUUCAACACUCAUGUCCUUUAACCUUUCCAUUUUUGCCAAUGUCCUUCUCGUGUCCCACAAUAAAUCACCACUAUCUUAGAAAUCACACAUGUCAUACACUACAAUGCCUUUUCUCACAAUCAUCAGAUACAUAUAGUUAAUAUACAUAUUUGUGUCCAAUAAUAAGUUGUUGAUCAGUAAUUCCAAAGUUAUGAGUAAGCAGUCAGAACAACUUAAUUUAAAUACUAUUUAAAGAAGUAAUAAGCUGUAGGUGAUAAGUCGCCAACAUACAACUCAAGACAAUGUAAGUUCCAACCAACCGCCCAGCAGCAAUUACUUGUAAGUCCUCCCCUAGCUGGAUCCCACCUUCUUCAUAUUCAAUCAAAAUUUUAGUAACACCAGCACCAUAACACGGUAUCUUGAAAAUCAUAUCGUUUUUGGCACUAUAAGUAAUUUAGAAUCUAAUAAAAUCUAUUUAAUGGAGACUAAUAUCACUAUCACUGUUACUGGCUAUGAGAUCUCACGGCAAUGUCCUCUUCAGUAUGUGAGUUUUUAAAUUUGAGGAUUUAGGCCAUUAGGAGGGUUAUAUGAAAUUUGUACCAACGGGUUUGGAUUGGUCAUCUUGAAAAAAAAGCUUUUUUUUGUAAAUGGUAAAUUACAGCAUUUGCCAAUAAGACAUGAUCGUACUCUGUACCAUGUCAUAACUUCUUGACGUUUCAGUUAUGUGUGUGGAUUCUGCAUCAAGCCUUUAUUGAUGUACAGUUCUAGGUACCGAACCUUGCCUGCAGUUGGGAGAGGGACAUUAUUGAAAUAAAAUGGAGCAGGGAUUUUUUUCCCCCGGAUGGUGAAGGACAUUAGAAAUGAUAAAGAUGGGGUGAUAUGUUGUUUAAUCUUUUGUAAAAGGUUGUACUCACAGUUUUUUGUUUUCAUCUAUACAGAUUUCAAGCUUAAAGCUUACCAUGAGAUUGAAGGAUUUACAAUCACCUCUCUCGAUAUAAACUAUAAGAGUGAACCUGCUGCUCCCCCACCAAUACGACAUUCCAAUGAAAAACUGGUUUUUAUUGCUGCUCGAUUUUGAACAUGAAUUAAUUAAUAAAAAUUAAAAUUAAAUUAAAAUAAUAUAUUAAUGCAUUAAUGAUAAUACAAAAUUUCAAAUCCCGCUUUUUGCACAUUCAAACUUGAUCAACUAUAAAAACUUUUCUCAUUGGAACGUUGCAUUGGCAGUGUAUUGGCGGUUGAAGUUCAUUUCAAGAGAUGUGGUUGUAAGUCUUUCAACUUGAUGAGAAGCUUUAAGGUUGGAUAGCUGAAAACAACAAACUGUAAGUAAAAACAAUCUUUUUAAAAAAUAUGGUGAAGAUUAUAUGGGUGAAUUCUUCUCAAUUGAAUUUUAUCUCUUCUUUUCACACCAAGAAGUAGCGUAAGAUGUUGAAUGUUUCUAGUAAAAAUGACUGGAUUAGAGUUAUUUGAGAGGAUCGCUGUAUCAUGAGCAAAUGUUAGGGCCAGAACAUUAAUUUUCUAGGGAAAUUUUUUUCAGUGGCCUGUGGAGUGACAAACUUGUAAUUUGAUCCUUGCUAAUUAUCUCAGUCUGCCUAUCCUUGCUGUUCAGGUCUGUCAGACACAUUUCGGUAUUUCUACCAUCUUAACCUUGAAAAUGUGGUGAAGAUAUCAACAAAGUUAACGCCAAAACACUCACCCCACUCCUCAAAACUUUGAGACUUGACACCAUAAAAAUCACCCAGACCCGAAGCCAAAUGCAAGAUGCCGAAAUGCAUCUGACAGACAAACCCAGCAAGAAUAAGCAAACCAAAAUGAUAGGUAAGCAUCCAAUUAAAUUUCCUAGCAAAGUAAUAAUCUUUUGGAGGGUAAUUUUAUUUUAUUAUUAUUUUUUUACCAUUACCUAUCAUACUAGUCCACCUAACCUCGCUGACUCAGGCACAUUUUGGCAUUUCGCCAUCUUAAGUUUGGGUGAUUUUUAUGGAAUCAAACUCUGAAGGUGUUGUGAAUCCAAAAUGUGUCUGAAUUAACAAAAAUCAAUGAGGCUAGGCAGUCUAGGAUGAUGGAUAACUAUCCAACAUUUGAAGGUCAUGACGUGCAAAUAAGAGAUAGGUUUGGAAGUCCGGGUAAAGGCAAUUUGUGCAAUAUUUAAGGGAAUUAGCAAGAUCAUUGAUAUGUGAAAUGAUGGGCAAUCUAAAGGAAGGGGCAGUCCGGGAUGAGGACUAUUUGUAAAUGGACUGAGAGGAAUGAAUGAAACUAUUGAAGAACAGAGGACAAGACAGAAACUGAGGUACAAUACAAGUUUUUUUAUACAAUUAACCAUUUUAGUUAAGACCCUUAAUUCAUACAGCUUAUACAAAAGUGCGGUUUUUUACAUUAUGCACUUAUUCAUCUUUGUUAAAUUAAAUAAUAAUAAACAGGAUUUACUGGGAGUAGAGGUU